GCCCAGCAAAGAAGUAGUUAGCCAAAAUGAUGCCUGGAGGCUUAAGUGAAGUCAAACCUGCUACUCAAGAAAUCCAGGAGAUUGCUAAUGAGGUUAAACCACAGCUUGAGGAACAAACAAAUGAGGCUUAUGAAGAAUUUGAAGCUGUAGAAUACAAAACCCAAGUGGUCGCUGGAAUAUUUUACUACAUCAAGGUGCGAGUAGGUGAUAAUCGUUACAUUCACCUGAAGGUCUUCAGCGGUCUUCAGCGAGAAAAGGGUGUGUCACUUUCUGGUUAUCAGACUGACAAAAGCAAGGAUGAUGAGCUGACAGGCUUUUAAGGUCAUGUUCCACAGUGGGUAGUUUGAGUCCUUCCACUGGCUCCGUGUUCACGACCCCAGCUAAUAACUGUAAUGAAUAAAUUGAUUUCAUCAA